AUGUCGAAAAAACUGAACAAGAAGUCGAAAGGCAAUGGCAGAGGUCGUGGACACGAGACCUGGGCCAAAGGACUAAAGCUGGAGCUGCUCGAAAGCUUUAAGGAUACCUUCUUCCUCGACAAGAGUGUGAUGUAUUCGCAAGCGACCAGUUCUUUUAUUGACAAGUGGGGCUACGAUCUUGCUCCAGACGACAUGCCAGAUCCCGAUGAAACCUACACAAUAACCGACAUCAACACAUUCGAAGAUGGCAAGGAAAGAGCCAACGAAGAGGCCAGGUGA